AUGUUGCCUCAAAACAAGGAACAGGUGCUGCUACAGAAAGCAGUGCCACCCAGGUCCCCCCCUCAGAGCCUCUCACUAUUUGUGGACUCCCUCCCAUCCAGCCCACCACCUCUUCCUCCCAAACAGUCCCUCCCCACGUCGUAUCCCCCUUUCUCUUCCAAGUCUCACCAUCUCUGCUCGCUUCCUCCUAGGCCGCUCUCUCCUGGCCCCCUUUUCUUCUCUUCCGAUUCCGACUUUGCUCCACCCCACUGCUCCAAAUCCUCUCUCCCAAGUCCUCCCCCUUAUUUUCACCAAAACUAUACCUCUCUCUCCCCUCCCAGGUCGUCCUCCCCCUCCUCCCACCCGCUGUAUCUCUCCUCUCCCCCCACCCGCCCCACCUCCCCCGCCUCCCCCCACUCUCGCUGCCCCCAGGACCCCCCCAGCUCCACCGUCCAGUCUCCCAGCCCCAGCCUUCCGUGUCCAGGGGACCAGGCUAACAGGCAGCCAUGGCGGUGGCCUCCAUACAGAGACACGGGGUCCCCUGGAGGGGUGGGGGGAUGCGUGGCAAGCGAGAAGGCCCCUGCGGAGUUCAGGGACCCAGGGGCCCUGGCCCAGGCCCUGGCGGGCCACCUGGGACACCGCCGCAUCGCCCAGGACCUGCGGCUCCUGCUUCUGCAGCGCCUGUUGUUAGGCAAAACCGGCAAGGCGCCAGUCGUGGAGUACCCCAUAUGCCUGGUGUGUGUCCGGCCCCGCAGCCCUUCCUGCCCCAUCCCAGAGUACAAGACUGGACCCCGCCUGCUGGCGUUCCCCCAACUGCUGCCCUGUGCGCAGGGCCAGGAGUCUGCGCCCCUCCGCAUAGGAAUCGGCUUCGGCCUCCGUCUGGCUCGGGGCCAGGCCAGGGCCCUGCAUCUGUUGCCGGAAAGAAAGCAGAAGGCAGGGCCCCGGGGCGAGAUCGCGCAGGCCCGGGGAAGUCCAGCGGCAGCCAGCCGGGCCCCAUCCCGUCCAGCCUCGGUGGCCUGGGUCCGCGCAGGGGCGGCCCCAGGCUCGCCCCCUCAGGCCGGGAGUCUCAGGUGUGCAGGCUUUCAAUCGCCAACCUCCACCCCACCUUCGCGGCCUCCGCCUCCGGCACCCAAACAAGCCUCUGCCUCCUCGAGGCCCAGGGCUUCUCCUACCCCAAAGAGGCCUGCCCCUCCAGGGCCUAUUCUCCGAAAAUCGCCAUCCUAAAUCCAGAACCACGAAGGCGCCCGAGAGCACACCCUCCCAACUCCACCUUCCCGGCCAGGCCCCCGCAGAUUCCCGAGAGUCCCCGAGACACCUUGAAGGGCUGGCUGGCCGGAGGUCAAGUGUCUUCUCCUGCU